AUGGACUACUCUCCAGCACUAUCUAUCAACAGCGACAUGACAGACGAAGAGUUGGACAAGUACUUUGCAAGUUGUGUUCCGCUGUCCAACCUGCCAACCCCUCCGCCAGCAAAGGAGCCCACACCAACCCGGGUAUCAACGCCAGCCGCCCAAACAUCGACACAGUCACACGACAUCGCUAGCCCUCCACAACACGAAGUAUACGCAACACACCUUGCGAACCUCGUUCCGCUCAACGUCUCCACCCACCGUCCUCAUGCAUCAGUGAUUCAAGGUUUCCUGGACCGCGCUGGGCUGCCAGAUGAGAUUGUCGCCUUUGCGGGGUGCUUGCUGGAUGCGUUGAGCAGCCGGUUUGCAGCUACUUGGCGGGAUGCUCUUGCGCCAAGCGACUAUGCUCGCGACGUCAAGAACUUUCUGAGAACAGACUUGCGUCAGAACGCACAUGUCAGCCCAGACGUAGUUGCACUGGCCGCACUUUCGCUCGCGCAUGGCUUCCUUGUCGAUCGUCAACGUUCCUCGCGGCACUGGAGCAUUAGGGAGAGCGAUGGUGCCUUCACUGUGCAGGAGAUCGAGGCUACCAAGCGAGCUAUGUUGCACGACAUGGACUAUGGUCUUGCUCGAAUCUCCAACGACAUGGUGGAGCGGAGGCUAAAGAACAUGCAGCGAACAAGCACAUGUCCCUCCACACCGACCUCAACCACGACCGCAACGAAACAACGACGAAACCUCUCCAUCAGCCUCCAAGGUACUGCAAUCUGGAGCUAUGGCGUGCAGACUCCGGAGCCCAGCCCAUGA